AUGUCCAGUGCUGUCUUACAUAGAGAUACUCAUUUCGUCCCCCGCAAAGCCGUCGGCGGCAAGGGAUGCUACAUUUUCCUCGAAGAUGGUACCAAAUUUCUGGACUCCACCGGAGGUGCCGCAGUGUCCUGUUUAGGCCAUGGAAAUGAGCAAGUGACCCAAGCUAUCAAGGAGCAGAUUGACCAGAUUUCGUACUGUCACUCUGCUUUCUUUGGAACACAAGCAACGGAGGACCUUGCAACAUUUCUCUCAGCAUCGACAGGUGGGAAAAUGUCGAAAUUGUUCGUGGUUAGCUCAGGAUCCGAGGCUGUUGAGGCGGCUUUGAAGCUUGCUCGACAGUAUUUUCUGGAGCUGGCUACGCCGCAGCCGGAGCGGACAAGGUUUAUCUCUCGCCUAUCCUCAUACCAUGGUACUACGCUUGGGGCAUUAGGCGCGGGUGGACAUGCUCAACGACGACAGCCAUUCGAGCCUCUCUUAGCACAGAACACGUCGCAUGUCUCACCCUGCUAUCCUUAUCGCGGGAAGAAAGCACAAGAGUCUGACGCAGAAUACGUGGCUCGCCUUGCAAGAGAGCUGGAUGCAGAGUUUCAACGAGUUGGUCCGGAAAAGGUGUGCGCUUUUAUCGCCGAGCCGGUCGUUGGUGCGGCCCUUGGUUGCGUCCCGGCCGUCCCAGGUUACUUUCCGGCCAUGAAGGCUGUUUGUAAGAAAUACGGAGCUCUUCUCAUCUUGGACGAGAUCAUGUGCGGCAUGGGUCGUUGCGGGACACUUCAUGCGUGGGAGCAAGAGGAUAUUGUGCCCGAUAUUCAAACAAUUGCAAAAGGCCUUGGUGGUGGCUACGUGCCAGUGUCUGGAAUCUUGAUCAAUGAUUCUAUCGUUCAGACGAUGGAUAAGGGUACAGGCCAAUUUCGACACGGGCAGACUUACCAGGGCCAUCCAGUCUCGUGUGCAGCAGCGCUUGCCGUCCAAAGGACUAUCAAGGAACAAUCUCUUCUCGAUAAUGUGCGUGAAAUGGGUCGUUAUCUUGAGUAUCGUCUCCGUCAGCGAUUCGAAGAUCAUCCUCACGUUGGUGAUAUUCGUGGGAAAGGGCUUUUCUGGGGCUUGGAGUUUGUGCAGGACAGAACCACCAAGGAACCCUUCGAUCCGAAGCAUCGUUUGGCAUUCCACAUUCAAGAGACUGGUCUAAAGAAAGAGCACGCUGUUUCAUUCUACGGUUGUUCCGGUACAGUCGAUGGAAUUCGUGGUGACCAUGUGGUACUGGCACCGCCUUACAUUGUGACUAAAGCGGAGAUUGACAUUCUAGUGGACACACUUGACAAAGUCUUGACGAUUGUCCUGGCUGAACUUCAGCAAUAG